AGGUGGGAGGAGGCGAUGGAUCUGACGUCACCUCUGUAUGGGUGUCCUAUGGUGGGCCUCAUCAGACAACUGCCAGAAGUCUGCAUGGUCGUGUUAGAACGCUGUCAGUCGCUGUCCAGCUUGAUCCCAGGAGUAGGAACUAUUUUAUCGACUUCAACUUCAAAUACCUGCGUUCUGCCAUGAAGCCCCUCCUCGACAAAACCAAGGCGGAGCGCCGCUCAAACCUAUGCCAGAACUUACCAUGAUGGUGAAGACCGGCAGAGUUGAGUGUCUCUCUCAUCCCGUGUGCACCAACUUCCUCAGGAUGAAAUGGAACUACUACGGUCGAUGGUACUGCUCCGUCUACCUCCUCAUCUACCUCACUUUCCUCGCAUUUCUCACCUCCUUCGUCGUGAGCCACGACUCUAUGGACCACUUCGACGAGGGUAAAGUCGACAACGCCACCAUCAAGGUUCUGCACGGGAACCAUCUUGGCGGACACUAUUUCUCUCCUGUAUUCACCGUUCUUCUGUGGCUCAUUGAGAUCUUUGCUGCUAUCAACAUCCUCAAGGAGGUCUUCCAGAUGAUGACUGAGAGGUGGCGCUACUUCAUGGACUGUCAGAACCUGCUGGAGUGGCUGCUGUAUGUCCUCACCCUCGUCUUCGUCUCCCCCUUCCUGGCCCACUACUCCACACACUGGCAGUGGGAGGUCGGGGCAUUCGUCGUCUUCCUGGCCUGGUUCAACUGUCUGGUCUUCCUACAGAGGUUCGACUUCUUCGGCAUCUACGUGGUGAUGUUUGUGGAGAUCCUCAAGACUCUCCUCCAGGUCAUCGUCGUUUUCUCCAUUCUCGUCGUCGCCUUCGGCCUCGCCUUCUACAUCCUCAUGUCUCACGAGAAGUCGCAUGCGUAUUCGACCCCAGGACUGGCGAUGUUGCGGUCGGUGACGAUGAUGUUGGAGAUGGAAUACAUGGACACUUACAACGAGCCCUACAACGACAACUCCGUGGUCACUCUUCACUACGCCCACGGCACGCUCUUCUUCAUGACAAUCUUCGUUCUCUUCAUGCCGAUCAUUCUUAUGAACCUUCUGAUCGGCCUUGCUGUGGGGGACAUCCAGAGUGUGCUGACCAACGCACGGCUUCAGAGGCUGACACUGCAGGUGAACCUCCACUCGGACAUAGAGAGGAAGAUGCCGCGAGAGCUGCUGGUGAAGCUGGACCAGGGCACCUUCAGAGUGUACCCCAACAGGCGGAGGACCUUCCUCCAGAAUAUGUGGUCCAAGGUGAUGUCCUACGAUGACGAGUUUAACGGCAUGGACGAGGGUCGGACCGUUGCCCACAACCAAUAUGUCUACACCGAACUCAACAAACAGAAGAGCAGACUGAAGGAGUUGUCGAGCACGAUGGAGCGGAACCAUGAUCUCCUGCGUCAGAUCGCCCGGGGGAUGGACAUUCACUCGGAGGAGGACGCCUGGGAUGGAGGCCUCUCCCCCUCGGACAGCCUCCAGUCACUGCUCCUCCCCGAGGGUCAGUCCCUGGGGUGGUCGUCCACGUCCCUUGGGAGGGUCAUGCUGCAGCAGUCCAUGGUGGUGGCCCGGUGGAAGCGGAUGGCCGGGCGGGGGCGAGGGGGGACAAAGCGGGGACGAGGGGGCAGGAGAUGA